AUAAAUUGAUAACCAAGUCCGCUCAACCGCUGCCACGGGUUGCCGUAAUUCUACGACGGACGACGGAGUAGAAUAUGGACUGCCGCCGUAUUAGUCAAUGGUAGUGAUUAUAAGAGAUUUGCUCUUUAAGCUCGCCUCUUCCUUGGCAUCGGAUCGGAGCUGCUGUUCUCGUUCCGAUCACUCUCCUUCUGCCUAGAGGCUCGACAGGAGCGGUUUAGUGUCCGAUGAAAUUCCUUCCCGAGUUCGUUUCUUGCUGCGUGCCGGUUAGCGUGUCGCGCAUGGAGAAUCCGGAAGCGACGGAGGCUCCGGGAGCCGAGGAGAUAAGAUCUCUGGCUCCGAUCACCACCAGAAUACAACGGCGUAGAAGACGAGGCGCGCUGUAUACUUCGGCGGCUAAAAUGGCCGGCGAUUGGACGCCGUCGCUAGGAGCGAUCUCGGAGGAUAAUGUAGUUCUGGUAGUGAUGGAGAGAAAGAAGAGCGAGGAUCGGACGGCGGAAUCAGAGCGAUCCGUGAAGAGGAAGAGCGGAUCUCGAAAUGGAAAGGCAAGAGGAGUUCACGGACGUAACAACAGCAACGAUUUUAGGCGAAGUCCGGCGGCCAUACCGGUGGUGAUUCCGGCGUUUUCUCCAACUCCGUUCUUAUUCUGAUGCAAUUCUGCUUCGAUUAUCCGAUCACUCAGGCUUGUGUAAUAUUAGUGCAUAUUUGCAUAACUCAAUUGCAUCGUAAUAAUGAUUUGUAUAAUCAAUAAAAAAUUGAAUAGAGAAAGGUGAGGUUGAGGAGGAAACUUAUCCCUGGAAUUGUAGCUUGUUGGUUCAACUGCCCUCUGCAAUUUUAAAUCUUCCCAUUUCUACA